UGAAACGUGGUUUAAUGCUGCUAACUAAUUUGGGAAAAAAAAUUUCUUAAAGGAUUUGCUAAUAAAUUCGGAAAUUAUAUUGUGCUUUGAGUCAAUAAACAUUGAUUAAAAGUGUUGAGAACACCCAACGUCAUGUCGUCAUCUAUCUAUAUAUACAAGUAAUAUAUAUGAAAUGAAACUGCAUUGGAGUUUCACAGUACAAAUACAAUAAACUAAUUCAAAUUGUCUAAUUUGUCCAAAAACAUCGAUCCUGUUUUGUGUUUUAGCUAAGCCAGCCAGCUAUCGUUCAUGUUCAACAAUAUAUACACAUGUACGUGUAUUGAUAUAUAUAGGCAUAUAUCAAUAAAUCCAGAACAAAUCCGAGUUUUAGAUCUAAAAUCACGGGGGAAUUAAGAAGAAAAUGGCAAGACGAGAAGACGACAUGGAGAAAAUGAAGGGUACAUCUGAGCCGUUGCUGUUACCGGAGAUUGGAUCCGACGUCUCAGAAGAAGCGUCGUGGAUGGUUUGCUUAAGCACAUUCAUUGCCGUUUGUGGUUCCUACGAGUUUGGAACCUGCGUGGGUUAUUCCGCUCCGACCCAGUUCGGGAUUAUGGAAGAGCUUAAUCUAUCAUAUUCCCAGUUUUCAGUUUUCGGAUCGAUAUUGAAUGUGGGAGCAGUGCUUGGCGCCAUAACAUCAGGAAAGAUCUCUGAUUUCAUAGGUCGGAAAGGGGCCAUGAGGUUGUCUUCAGUGAUCUCUGCCAUCGGCUGGCUGAUUAUCUACUUCGCCAAGGGUGACAUUCCUUUGGAUAUCGGAAGAUUUCUCACUGGUUAUGGUUGUGGCACCCUCUCCUUUGUGGUUCCGGUUUACAUCGCCGAAAUUAGUCCAAAAAAACUACGAGGGGCACUAGCGACGCUUAACCAGCUCUUUAUCGUGAUCGGAUUGGCUUCGAUGUUCCUCAUAGGCGCCGUCUUGAACUGGAGAACUCUUGCACUGACCGGAGUUGCACCGUGCGUGGUCUUGUUGUGUGGGACUUGGUUCAUCCCCGAAUCACCCAGAUGGCUGGAAAUGGUUGGCCGCCACAACGAUUUUGAAAUUUCGUUGCAGAAACUAAGGGGUCCUCGCGCCAAUAUCGCAAGAGAAGCCGAGGAAAUCAGAGAGUACCUAGCGACUAUUGCUCACCUCCCGAAAACAACACCACGGGACCUUAUUGACAAAAGGAAUAUUCGAUCUGUGAUUGUCGGAGUUGGUUUGAUGGUUUUCCAACAAUGCGUAGGAAUAAAUGGUGUUAUCUUCUACGCACAGCAAAUAUUCGUAUCAGCAGGAGCAUCUCCAACUCUUGGAAGCAUUCUAUAUUCGAUCGAACAAGUCGUUCUUACAGCACUUGGCGCAACAUUACUAAUUGAUCGGCUUGGGAGAAGACCACUUCUUUUGGCUUCAGCUGUUGGGAUGCUGAUUGGAUGUUUGCUCAUCGGGAAUUCGUUUCUUUUGAAGGCCCAUGGUUUAGCACUUGAUAUCAUUCCGGGCCUUGCAGUCAGUGGUGUCUUAGUUUAUAUAGGUUCCUUUUCGAUUGGGAUGGGUGCAAUCCCAUGGGUUAUAAUGUCUGAGAUAUUUCCGAUAAAUUUAAAAGGAACUGCUGGAGGACUAGUCACGGUGGUAAAUUGGCUAAGCUCGUGGCUUGUCUCCUUCACUUUCAACUUUCUCAUGAUUUGGAGCCCUCAUGGUGCAUUUUAUGUAUAUGGCGGGGUUUGUGUAUUGGCUAUUAUCUUCAUAGCAAAACUUGUUCCUGAAACCAAAGGCAGAACCUUGGAAGAGAUUCAAGCAAUCAUGAUGUAAUUUUUGUUACACAAGUUAUAAAUGCAUUGCAUUUUCACUGUAAACAAAAUUAAAGUCACAAGCUAUAUAUAUUUGGAAAUAGCAAUAGCUACAUAUAAACUUCGUCUAAAGCCCACACUAAUCUAAAUAAAUUUUUGGUAAAAAAAUCCACCUCAAAUGGUCAAGUGAUCCAAAAGGCCUUGAAUUGGCCGGUUCAGAUAGAAAUCUUUAACCGGAGUUUUUGGUUUGCUGGGUUUUCUCGAAUUUGUUUCGUUAUCUUUCUUCAAUGAUGACGACGGAGUUUCACAUCGCCGAGCUCGUCACGAGAUCCAAAGUAUCAAUGGCGGCAAUUUCUCCUUUCUUCCUUCUCUUCCUCAUUCCCCUUGUCCCACUCUCGAUUCUCGCUAUCUUGGCCAUAAUCGUACGCCCUCGACCCAUCAGAAUCCCCAUCAAGUCCCGUCACGUCUUCAUCACCGGCGGAUCUAGUGGCAUUGGUCUUGCUCUGGCCCACCGCGCCGCUUCCGAGGGCGGUCGCGUCUCCAUCCUCGCCCGAUCCACCGGAAAGCUCGAGGAGGCCAAGGAAUCCAUCAAGCUCGCCACUGGCGUCGAAGUCGCCACGUUUUCCGCCGACGUUCGCGACUACGAAGCCGUAUCCAAGGCCAUUGACGAAUCGGGGCCGAUCGAUGUGUUGAUUGUCAAUCAAGGUGUGUUUACGGCGAAGGAGCUCGAGAAGCAUAGUCCAGAGGAUGUCAAGUUCACGAUUGACGUCAAUCUCGUGGGAAGCUUCAAUGUGAUUAAGGCCGCUUUGCCCGCGAUGAAAGCAAGGAAAGGUCGUGGACCUGCCUCCAUCUCUCUCGUCUCAUCUCAGGCCGGUCAGGUGGGUAUCUAUGGUUAUGCAGCGUAUUCAGCUAGCAAGUUUGGGCUUCAGGGUCUAGCACAAUCACUGCAACAAGAAGUUAUUGCUGAUGACAUUCAUGUCACUCUUAUUUUUCCUCCUGAUACUAAUACACCCGGUUUUGAGGAAGAACAGAAGAGCAGGCCUGAGGUAACUGCUAUAAUCGCCGCAUCCUCUGGUACGAUGGAAACAGAAAAAGUAGCCAGAAAAGCAAUGGAUGGCAUCAAAGAAGGAAAGUUCACUGUCUCAUGCAACUUUGAGGGAUUCUUACUGUCUCUGGCGACAACCGGCAUGUCGCCUCAGAGAUCAUUCUGGCUUGCUUUUCUUGAAGUUAUAGCCGCAGGGCCUAUAAGAUUAGUCGCUCUCUUCUUCCAAUGGGAUUGGGACCUAGAGGCAGUGAUGGCGAUGUCUAUUCUGAAGCUAAGAAAUUCUCCGGCUCUUAGAUCGGCCGCAAAUAGUGUCCGGAUCGGAGUUUUGUCGAGGGCUUUCUCAAAGCUCUCGGAGGGCACGGACAUAACCUCGGCGGCGCCAGGCGUUUCCCUCCAGAAAGCUCGCAGCUGGGACGAAGGCGUUUCCUCCAAAUUCUCCACCACACCAUUGACAGAUAUCUUCAAGGGGAAGAAAGUCGUCAUCUUUGGUCUCCCUGGGGCUUACACGGGAGUUUGUUCACAGCAGCAUGUGCCAAGCUACAAGAGCCACAUUGAUAAGUUCAAGGCCAAAGGCAUUGAUUCUGUUAUCUGUGUCUCUGUUAACGACCCAUUUGCUAUAAAUGGCUGGGCAGAGAAGCUUGGUGCCAAAGAUGCAAUUGAGUUUUAUGGAGACUUUGAUGGGAAAUUCCACAAAAGCUUGGGGCUAGACAAGGAUCUCUCUGCUGCAUUGCUGGGGCCUCGGUCUGAGAGAUGGUCGGCUUAUGUAGAGGACGGUAAGGUUAAGGCCGUGAACGUGGAAGAAGCACCAUCGGACUUCAAGGUGUCGGGUGCAGAAGUCAUUUUAGGACAGAUCUAACAACUGUUUCGAGAAGUUGUUCUUGCGUCUGUUAUUUCCUCUAUAAGUUGCAACUGCGAAUAAGUUUGAUCCGAACAUGUCCAGAUUCAGGAUCACACACCUAGUUACAACUUUACCUCAUUUUUGGGGUUUUCUUCUAUGUUUUCAGUUUCAAUAAAGAUGAUUUGUUUCUUGCGGUUUCUCUCCGGCAAGUGUAAAUCUUAAGAUCAUAUAUAUAACACAAGAACGCAGAAAACGAAUAUUUGGAUUCUACAGUUUCAGUUUCACCCCAA